UUGUUGUGUUUUUUUUUUUUGCUUUUACUUGCCAAUCUCCCAACUCUCCCUUACAAAGCAAAGCACACUUUCUACUAUUGUUCACAAUGCUUGCUACACGCUCAGCAGUGCGACUUGGCCGAGCAGCAGCAGCAGCAGCACUCGCGUCUCCAUCGCAGCAGCUACAGCGCUUGACUGCCAGCAACUUGACCGCACCACUCCAGCAAUCCCAACAACAAAGGUCGUUCUCGUCGCUGCUGCUCAAUGGUGGCAGCCGACUCCGGAUGGGCCCGACGGGCGCAUUGUCACUGUGCUCCUCGUCAUCAUCAUCAUUGUCGCCGUCGUCGUCGUCGGGGGCGCUGCUGGGUGCAUCCACUGCAAUCACCGUGCAGGGCGGAUCGCUCGGUUGCGCCGCGCCGCGUCUCGCUGCCAGUGCAUUGCUCGCUGCGCCAACCUGCGUGCGCCAUGCCACGUUCGGACGAGAGUACCAGCCGUCAAAUUUGAAGCGCAAGCGAAAGCACGGAUUCUUGCUGCGCAUGUCGACGGCGGCCGGCCGACGUGUGCUGCUCCGACGACGGCUCAAGGGCCGCCGCAAGCUCAGCCAUUGAGGAUCGCGGGGCAACAAAGACUUUUCUAUCGAACAGAUCUAACAAGGAUGCCUUGUGCUUGGCAGGUUCGUUUUCCCCUUUGCGUUUGAACGAGAAUGGAUGGAAAGAACCAAUGCUUUUUGUUUGUGUGAAAAAAAAAAUUGUCUAAAAUGUCUCAAACUGCCUCAAAGAUACAAACCC